AUGCCUCAACGAAUCCGCUUCCUGUUCUCCAGAGGACCAUACAGAGUCGUGCCAAUAGCAUAUCCGGAAACCGCCCUCGAAAAUGACAAAAUUCUCUCAGCAAGCGGCACAAGUGGACAGCAAGAACGACCGACCAAUAAACGUCGGGCAAUGCUGUUCACUUUCCUGGGCGGCGUGGUCUGCGGAUUCCUCGUCGCCUUCGUCAUUACCUGGUCGUUUUGGCUGAGACACUCUGGGCCCCAAGGCCUUUCAAUGAGCAAGAAAGAGUCAGCCGAGGUCGCGACGGCGUCUUUGUGUGGAAAUUCAUCAAGGGAGGCUGUGGAGCGUGGCUGCUCAUUCGACCAUCUGACUUGGGCGUGGUCUCCUCCAGGCUGCCCUCAUUACGCCAACGAUGAGUUUAUCAGUGUGCAAAAUUGGACUUACUAUCUCGAUGGCUUGGGCAAGGAAGUCGCAGUCGGGGAGAACUGGUCCAAGGCUCUGGAUAACGAGAUCAGGCUUUACGGCCAGCGGGGAGAGCACCUGACUCACUGCGUCUUCAUGUUUCUGAGCAUGGCCCAAAUAAUCCGGGACAAUGCAUCACAAAUUACGCCAAAGCUAAAGGAAUAUGAGCAUGCCCAUCAUUGCGCAUAUUUCCUCCUCGAGGCCAUACAGAAAGACGAGAGAUGGGAACGGAUCGAGACCAGAGUUCCUAAAGUCAACUACAACCAGCAUUGCUAG